AUGGCGCCAUCGCCAAAGGCCUUCUGGUGGUUGCCAGUGCUUCUCCUUGUCAAGUUCAUCGUUGCCGCGGAGGACGAUAACAAUGGAAGCGAUCCCUCUGCGUUUGAUCCGCUGAAAUAUGUUGACCCUCUUGUGGGCGCCGCAAAUGGGGGCAAUGUCUUCGCUGGGGCAACUCUACCCUACGGCAUGGCCAAGGCCGUGGCCGACACCAACAGCGGCAGUAACCAGGGUGGCUUUACCCUCGACGGCGCUCCAGUGACGGGCUUCAGUGUCAUGCACGAUUCGGGCACCGGAGGUUCACCUUCUCUGGGGAACUUCCCCCUGUUUGCGUACAACUCGUGCCCAGGGGAUGAUGUCAACCGAUGUGUAUUCCCCAAGAAGGCUCGCGCGCGCUUCGGAUCGUAUGCCCCUGACAGCGUCCACGCGCGACCAGGAUAUUUCGACAUCACCUUGGACGGCGGGGUGAGAGUCGAGAUGACGACGUCGGCGCAUGCUGCCUUGUUCCGCUUCACGUUCCAGAACACUUCACCCGAAGACAAGCCGCUCAUACUCCAAGAUUUGACAGACUUGUCCGACUCACGCCAGGACAACGCCACCAUCCGUGUCGAUGGCAGUCGCAUAACAGGUGACUCUGUGUUUGUUCCCAGCUUUGGGCAGGGAAAAUACCAGCUGUACUUUUGCACAGACUUUGCCGGCGCUGAUGUUGCCGACAGCGGCAUCUUUGUCAACAGCCGGGCAAGCUCAAAGGUCAAAGAGCUCAAGAUCUCGCGGUCCAUCAACGGAUACCCCCUACCCGGCGGCGUCUUUGUUCGUGAGCAGGCCUGCUCCAGCGCCGAAACGGAGAUGCCGGGCCUUGCCGAUUUUGACAGAUACACCCAGGCUGCAACAGAUUCAUGGCGCCACAAGCUCUCGCCCGUUGUCGUCGACGCCAAAGGGGUUGACGAGUCGUUUCUGAGAAGCCUUUACUCGGGCAUUUACCGGACAAUGAUCAGCCCGCAAAACUACACUGGCGAGAAUCCCCUGUGGCACGACGGCGAGCCGUACUUUGACUCGUUUUACUGCAUGUGGGACUUAUUCAGGUCCGCAAUUCCUUUCCUGACAGUGAUUGAUCCCGACGCCGUGGCGCAAAUGGGAUACACCCAGGGAGGGUCGAAUGCCGAUAACGUUCUGGCAGACGUGUAUCAAAAGGGUAUCAAGGAAAAAGUUGACUGGAAAAAGGGCUACGAGGCGGUCAAGAAGGACGCCGAGGUCGAGCCCUACGACUGGUGCUGCCAGGGUCGCGGAGGACUCGACUCCUGGAACGAGCUGGGCUACAUUCCCGUCGAGGACUUCGACUACAAGGGCUUCGGAACCAUGACACGAAGUGUCAGUCGCACACUGGAGUACGCGUACAACGAUUUCUGCGUCUCGCGGCUUGCUGCCGGCCUGGGCCACCAGGGAGACCAUGAGAAAUUCGUCUCCUCCAGCGGCAAAUGGAGAAACCUGUACAAGAAUGACCAGCCUUCUUAUUUCCUUAACGGUACGGAUACUGGCUUCACGGGAUAUUUCCAACCAAAAUACCUCAAUCAGACUUGGGCCUCGCAGAGGCCCCUCCUUUGCUCCAACAUUGAGCAAGGCGAGGCUUGUUCGCUACAGGCGACCGCGGGGGAGACGUUUGAAAGCAGCAUCUGGGAGUAUGGCUUUUUCGUACCGCACGCUCAAGCCGAGUUGAUCAGUCUCUACGGAGGAGCGGAUGCAUUCGUCCGCCGACUGAAUUAUAUUCACGACAAUGGAAUUACAUAUAUAGGCAACGAACCUGCGUUUCUUACCGUCUUCCAAUACCACUACGCUGGCCGCCCGGCACUCUCAGCACUGCGCAGCCAUUUCUACAUCCCAAAGUUCUUCGCCCCGACGCCGCCUGGGUUACCCGGAAACGAUGACAGCGGAGCCAUGGGAUCUUUUUUGGCCUUUUCUAUGCUGGGAUUGUUCCCCAAUCCCGGGCAGAAUGUCUACCUUAUCACUCCGCCGUUCUUUCAAAGCAUCCGCAUCACCAGCCCUGUGACGGGCAAGACGGCGACAAUACGCAAUGCGAACUUUGAUCCCACGUACAAAAAUAUUUACAUUCAAAGCGCCACACUCAACGGCAAGCUGUAUACCAAGAACUGGAUUGACCACUCGUUCUUCACCGAAGGCAAGGAGCUUGUGCUCACCCUCGGCCGGAAGGAGAGUAUCUGGGGCACUGCGCAGGAGGACCUGCCGCCGAGUGUCGGAAAUGAUGCUGAUCCUGACGGCGCGUUGAACCAAGAGUCGGUCAAAGAAGUUGACGGUCCGGAGAAGGGCGACGAGGACAUUCGCAUGGGGCUUUAG